AUGUCCAGACUUCAGGGGCUGAAGGUGUUCAUCAGCCAGCGGCUCACCGCCGCGGUGGACGACAUCCUCGGACAGUUAGAGAGAACAAUACUGGAGUAUGAGGAGGAGACGGAGCGACGCCAUCGCGAUUUUCUGGAUGUGGUUUUAACGGCUGAGAUGAGGCAGCACAGAGCAGAGAUCCGGCAGCUGCUGGUGGAUAAAGAAGGUGUUACUACUGGACAACAGCCAGAUAAGAGCUCCAGUUUGGACCAAAAAGACCCAGAUCCCGAUCCACAGCCCAUACAAAUUAAAGAGGAACUUGACGAGGACGAUGUCACAAAGUUAACAUUCAGUCCCAUUCUUGUGAAGAGCGAAGACGACGACGACGAUGAUGAUGAGGAGGUGGAGGAACCUCAGUCUUCACAGCUUCUGUGCAGCCAAACCCAGGAUAACAUAAUCAUUUUGGAGGAAGAAGACAGUUGUGGUCCUGAAUCAGAAACGGAUGACAAGAGCUCAGUGUUUGUGCAACCAAAGCCUGAAGUCGGUGCUGAUGAUUAUAACGUGAUCCUAGAACCUCGUCCUCGCAGCUCCAGCAACGCCACGCAGAGGAGGCCAGGCACGGCGGGAGAGGACCGGAAUCCAGCGUCGGGCCGGACCAGGACGGGCAUCCACAGGCGGGAACGGCUUUUGGUUUUCAUCAGGGAACGGAGCACAGUGGACCCUCCGCAAACUGUCCCGGAUGGAGUAUCAUCCACUAUUUUGAAUUUUAUUGCCAUCCUUAUGAGACUAUGGUUAAUCACAGAGCGUUGUUUUAAGUUUUGGACCGGUGGCGGUUUGUCCUCCGGAGUCUGGGAAGACGCCCACAUCUCUGGGAACGUGAAGCCGAAAUGCAGGAUAAAGCAGCCCUCUGUUAGCAGGUAUGACCAGCAGAGCCAUCAGGCAACACAAACUCUUCAAGAUGUUUCGUGGUGCGAGGCCUCGCCCGGACACUGGUGGUACUUGAGCUCCGUGUACCAGGCGAAGCUCUUCUUGCACACCUCGCAGCUGUACUUCCUCUCGGCGGCGUGCACCGACAUGUGGGACUGCAUGCUGGCCUUGUUGGUGUACUUCUUGUCGCACACGGGGCAGCUGAAGGGCUUCUCCCCCGUGUGGGUGCGCAUGUGCACCUUCAGGUUGGAGCUGGAGGUAGGAGCUGUAGCGGAAGGCCUUGCUGCACAGCGUGCAGCUGUACGGCUUCAGGUCGUUGACGUACUUCACGCCCGUCUCCGCCGCGUCCUGUUUCAGGGGGUUGGAGCUGGCCUGUGGUUUCUUGUAGUCCUUCCAAAAGUCGCUGUCCACGCUGUCGUCGCUCUCGGGCUGCAGGGACCCCGGCGGUUUGUCCUCGGGACCGCUCGGGGGAUUUUUCCCAGAAUCGCUCUCAGAGUUCAGGCCGGACUGAGGCCCUCUGGCCUCCUUCCAGAAAUCGCUGUCUGCGCUGUCGUCGCUUUUACAGGACAGCGCCCCCGGACCUGCCGAGUCGGCGUUCUUUGCCGGCUCUGGCUGUUCUGCCGAGCCGCCGUUGUCCUCGGCCUGGCUGUCAUAAAGCUGCCAGGGCUGGGGUUUCUUUUCGUCCUCCUCUGUCUUAACUGGGACGGAGCCGAAGGUGAAGGUGGUGACUUCAGUCUCCUCCGGUUCCUCUUUAACCUGCGGAGGCUCUGGCUCCUCCUGUUUCACCUCCUCCGUGAGGUCCUCUUUUACUGCCAGCUGCUGUAUGUCCGUCUUAAUGUCGCUUUCGGGGGCUUCGCUGGGUUGCUCGGGGGUUAA